AAUCGAAACGUCAUAUGUAUAUGGCAUGGAUACGUCCAUUUCCGGGAUGCUUUGAACUGAGCCAAGAAAGAAGAAAAUAAGAACAAAAUGGCGUGGAAAACAAACUAUUCAGAUGGAUUUGUCAACGGAUAGUGCAUGACUCUGAGAAGUGAUUUUUCUCGCUGCUCGUAAAUAUAUUUCCCGCCUUAUAUAAGUGCCUGAAAAGCAGACCUCGUGUGCCGUGCCCUCGUGCGUCAUCGUGUGCAGGGAGCUAGUGGAGAACCGGAAGUACCCCCGCCGCCAUCAUGGGGGCACUAGACAUACUCAACUAUAUUCUCACCGUCUCUAUGGCGGUCACGCUGAUCUGCGCCAUCCUGGCCUUUGCUAUGGGCGCCACCGUGCGUUUCGGACUGGAGUCCCUUGUGGAAGAGUACUUUGACCCGUCGGAGAAGAACCUCAAACUGUCCAGUUUGGUGGGCGUGGGUCACGAGUCUAUCGUGCCCACAAAGGAAGAGCUGCCUAGUGAGCUGGACCUGGGCAACUGGAGUCGAACCCUGGGCUCUGUCAUCAUCAUGCUGGCCACGCUGAUGGUUAUCUACUCUGUCUUUGGCAUCAUCGCCUCACUCAGCAAAAAGAUGAUUCUUGUCAUUAUCCUGCCUCUGUCUUUGUGCCCUACGCCAAGGUCUCUUCCUACUCCAGCAUGGACGUGAACCGCAUCAAGUCCACCGAGAUCUGGUAACACACUACCCACGCCGCCACCAGCCACACCACAACUUGCGUCCAUACCACACGGCUAUGACGUCGUCGUUUUUUGGGGGGAGCACAGUUCACCGUCGAAGAGGCCCGCGAAGUCCGUAAUGUUUGGAGGUUAAUUCUACUCAAUGAGGAAACUAUUGUUGUACUUUCGAGCGCUCAGGACCUGAUGUAGCCGGUUUGCAACAUUUUUUGUAGGAAAUACACUAACUCUUGUCCAGAGACUGGCAGAGACGAUGGGAAAAGAAAAACAGACGCUACGAUAAAACUAUACUGAAAGGACAGCUUACUUCAAACUCUCAAGGGGAAAGAGUCUUCGGUCACAGAACAUGUACAAUUUGAGUCCAUCUCUGGCAUCAAAGACAGGCCAUUAAAGGUAAAGACACCAUGGAAACUCAUUGUACUUCAGUAUUAUCAAAAGUCAUCAGAGGGGAAGACAUAAGACCUCCAGCUAGAAUCUACCGGUCUUACUUUCUCCACACAAGAUACUAUUCAAAGUCUCAGCUUUAGAUGGGCAAGGUUGCAAGUGAAACAAUAGUAGCAUCUCGUCAAAAUAUCAUCCAUAACAUGCCACAAGUGAGUCCUCUCUCAGGUGAAAUCCUACAUUGAAUGUGAACUCAUCCAAAAAAAUUAUAUUAAUUGACGAUCUAGGAAAUUAUUUCUGGGCAAAACUUCGUCAAAUGUUGAAAAAAAAGCGUACUCAUCUGUAAGAAAGGCAAUGCUAUUAUAUAUUAUAUAUGUAAUAAUGCAAAAAAGCAUAUGUGGCAUCUACAUACACACAUACACACACACUUGCAAAAACAUUCAUACACAUAAUUAUUCCUUCACCAAAAAUCUAGAAGCCUACAAAUGAGAGAAAUCCAAUGGAAGAAUCAAUAAAAUGCACUCUGGUCUACAUCCCUAA